AUGGGCAAAGUGGACUACUUCCAUGUUGUCUUUCAAGAUGGUAAGACAACUUUUUUCCCCGGCGAAGUCCUUAACGGAACGGUGAACUUAAAAGUGAACAGUGAGUUAAAACUGCGAGGGAUUCGAAUCGAGUUCCAUGGAGUCGCCAACGUCUUCCUUUCCGCAGGCGAUCAACGAAGGAAGAAACCGGCGAACAGUGAAGUGUAUAUUGACCUUGUAGCAACGUUAUAUGGAAAAGGUAAGUACAAGAUGUUUUCUAAAUAUUUUUUUAUUAUUAUUCUUGAAUCUUCAAGGCAACUUGCUGACUUCAAAAUCAGUCAACCUUUGUCACCUUACUGUAUUUAAAAAUAAACAUUCAAUGUUUAUUAUACUUCAUUAGCUUUCAUUUAUUUUUGGUAAAAAAAUCUCAGUCUGUACUUAGGUUUUUGAACAGUACAUGUAAUUCAACAAGCUAAUAUACAAUGCCAAUACCUACAUGUAAUUAUUUAAUUUCGUUGCGUCAGGGCCUCUUCACACAGGGCGUAACUAAUCGAUAUUUUCGAUACUCGAUAGAAAUCGAACGUAAUCGAUCGUAAUCGAUAUUAAUUAAUCGAUUAAUAUCGGAAAUCGAUAGAAAUCGAUCACUCGCGUCUUUGUGAUUUUCGAUUUUGAUCGAUUUCUGUAAUUAGCUAUCGAUUUUAUCGAUUUGUUCGACAAUGAUCGAAAAGAAAAUGGACGAAGAUUCUCCGCGCUCCGUAAGCCACCAUGCGUGUCUCCCAAUAAGCGCUCGAACAAUACCCUUCUAAAUUCUCGGAGAACGGACGACAGUUUGCCAAUUUCUACAUUAGUGACUCCGGCUAUUUACCACGAUUCUGACGAUUCUAGAGUACAAAUUUACAGCAGUGAUCCUGGUAAAAAAAAAUAAAUAAGAAAAGUAGCUACUAUUGGAGAAAGAAGUAACAUCAUCUUUAUCAAAAAAGCGGAUUCGAAGGUAAGCUUGAAGGUAAGUGUUACGCAGUGUUAUGAUACGAUCAGAUCACGUUUUUGAUUUUCGAUUUCCAUAGAUGCGACAAAAAAUUUGUGAUUAUCGAUUUCAAUCGAUUAAAUUGACUAAUCAAUCGACAAAUAUCGAGUACUAUCGAGUAUUAUCGAUUAAUCGAUUACAUUUUCGAUGAUCGAUUUCUAUCGAUUAGUUACGUCCUGCUUCACAUGAGCCCGGUUGGCCGGGCUGGCAUACCUGCCAACUCUCACGCCUUAGGCGUGAGUCUCACGCCUACGGGUUGAAAACUUCGAUCUCACACCGGCUCACGCUUGCGGGCCAAUUUCUCACGCCUGAUUGAAAAAUGUGAGUUGUUGCCCAUGUAAGACCCAUGUAAGGAACGACAACCAUGUGUAAAAUGAAUAAAUGACAAUACCUUCCUCGCGAUCUCUGAUUUUUGAAGUGAAAAGCACUGGGAGCGAGCUCGCGUUUAUACGUGUCCUAAGACUGGGACUCGAUAACUUCGCCUUUGGCAGACUUCGGACGUCUUCGGAAGACUUCGGACUUCUUCGGAGGACCUCGGACUUCUUCGGAAAUCUUUGGAAAUGAUCGUGUCGUCUUCCAAAAUCCCGGCACUCCCAGGAUAAAAAUCUCAUGCUUAUAUCUCAGAAAAAGUUGGCAGGCAUACUGGCCCAGUGUCCGAGAUCUCGUCUUACCUCUAAAUCGUUAAUCCUUUGUAAAUCAAGGGCACCCAACGAGAAUAUAGUUCAAAACCACUUAAACACAGCAUUGUUAAACGUAUUUUAGUAUUUAAACGGUAGCAAUAGGCAUAUUUUUAUCCCCUAAAAUUUUUUAUCCGUUCGGAUUUCCUAGCUGAAAGUCUAGAGACUCGAAAAUUAUAGGGAUCAAAACUUACCUUUUUGAAAAUUUCAGCCAGAGAAAAGGCUCCCGAAAAUUCUAGGUGAGCUUUUUAGGGUAAAAAUCGAUUAAAAAUGGGCAAUUAUACCGGCCAAUUUUUAGAUGUUUGAAAAUCCUAGGAGAGGUAGGCAAGCAAGGAAUUUUACAAGAAAUGUUCCGAAAGUUGUAGAUCUCAAAUCGUCUUCCGAACAGAUAUUUUCCGAAAAUUCGUUGUGUUCGCAUGAGAGGGUGGGCUGGCUCAGGUCUGGUUCAGACGCCGUACUUUUCAUGUGUCGAACCUAACUGAAUAAAUUCCACUUUGGAGCGACACUGGCGCAACAUCUGAUUCAGACGGCGUACCGUGUGUCGAACCUAAGUUAAGUUCGACAAAAGUUCGACAGACUCUGUCGAACUUAAUGCUUUUGCCACACCAAACUAAAACUGCCGUACCAAAUUAAUUCAGAUGCCGCUCUUUUGCCGUACUUAAUUCAUCAGUUAGGUUCCGCACAUGAGUGGAGUAGUGUCUGAACCGGGCCUCAGUUGCCAAGAUAGUCGUUUUUCCAAACCGAUAUCACUGUAAGCCCGGUGACCAGGAUGAAAGUGGGAUAAAUUCUGAUGGUCCGGAUGGUAUCGUCUUGCAUUGCCUGCCGUAUUUUCCACAUUAUAAGCAUCCCAUUUCACUGCAGUGAUACAGCUUCAAGAGUUGCCAAAGCUAUGAUAGGCACGAAAGUUAAAAUGUUUGUGUUUUUCCAUGUUUGCCUUGUGUUUCGAAUUUGGCGCCAGAACUCUUCCCUUCUCUUCACAAUCUUUGGCCUUUUCUCAUCUCAGAAACCGGGCUGAAAUUUUUCAUAUGAACCGAAGGCGAAAUUCAGCCCGAUCAAUCGGGCUGAUGUGAACAGGCCCUUAGUCUGCAGUGAGUGUACAUGUAUGUAUUGUUGGCCAUGUAGCAACCACCCAGAACUUUUCAUUUCAAUGCAAAAUGUAAUUAAUGGUUUUGUUGUUGUACAGCUGUACAAGCAGCUCUAAAAUUUUGGAAAUAUUUUUGCCUUGAUGUUCAUGAUUUUAUUCUGCAGUACCUGAUCAAGCGGGUGAAAACCCAGUCCUAGCUCCCGGAGAGUACAGUUUUCCCUUCCAGUUUCACACACCAGGUCAAAACUUACCAACAUCCGUUGAGGGGAAAUAUGGUCAUGUACGCUACUGGCUUAAAGCAUCUAUUGACCGUCCGUGGAGGUUUGACAUAACAAGCAAGUCUGUUUUUACCAUUAUUGAGUAUGUGGACAUAAAUAGAGACCCAGAACUUUUGGUGAGAAUUUAUAUUGACUAAAUCUUUAUAAAGUUAUAACCACUACACUUACUUAUAGGUUAAUGGUACUCUAAACACUGUUGGCUGGACACUUUUUUAAAACUUGAAAGUUAAUGUUGUGCUCAGAGGGAGGCUUAAUUGAUAGUCCAUGACUUACCCUCAAAUGCUGGGAACAUUUCCAUUUUCCCGAAGCAUCCCAGAUUUGUUUAAUGGUCAGCAAUCAUUUCAGACGUUUGAAGUCUCAAAUUUGUAGUAGUGUUGGGUAAUGUUCAGUUGGGUGUUGAUGGGUGAUCACUUUUGCUUGGAUCCAAUCCUCUAACUGAUAUUAUUAGCUCUUGUCUUUCCCGUCAUAAAUCAAAAUGGUGCCUCGGGCAGACAGGGAAUUUUUCCUGACAUAUCUGGAAAUUCCGGGACAGCUAGGUGGAAAAAGGUGAAAUGUCUGAUAGUCUUAGAUUUUCCUGACAAAUAAGAAUCUGACCUAAUUUUGCUUGUAUGGACUGAAACCUCGUUAAAAUUUGCCAACUUAAAGUGAAAAAAAAUUCAUUUUAGCAGCCAGGGUACAUCAUGAUAUCAGGACCCUGUUCCAUACAUUGGGCUAUUUAAUAACUUGGGUUAAGAGUGUCAGUCUUUAUACUUGGCAUUUUAUGAAACUAAAAAGAAUUUUUUACUUAGAAUUUACUGUAAUUUCAACCACUGAGAUCAGUUUUUGUCAUUUAGCGGCCAUGCCAAGUUGAGAAAGAGGAGCAGUAUGGAUUUGCUUGCUUUUCUGGCCCACUUAGUGUCACUGUCCAGACAGAUAGAAAAGGCUUCUGCCCUGGGGAAUCAAUUGCUGUGUCUGCAUUUAUCAAUAACCAGUCAAGUUGCAAGGUUAAUGGUGUUGAGAUCGCACUUGUUCAGAUCUCUGUCUACACAAUCAAAGCCGGUAUGGUAAUUGUUUAUUAAUGAUAUUUUUUAUUCCCCCCAACUGUCAAAGUUGGAUCACAUUAUUGGAAUUAUUUCUUAAAUCUUCAAAUGUAAAUGUAAUUAAUUUAUUCCCUUGAAUAAUUAUAUUUAUUAAAAUCCAACUAGUGGUCUAUUAUCAUUGCUGCAUUCUGAUUGGUUGAGCUACUACUAGGCUAUAUGUUAUAGCCUACUAGUAGCAAAAAGCCCUCAUGGCCUCUGAGUCAAUAGCCCAUUCGGCCUCCGGCCUCAUGGGCUAUUGACUCAGAGCCCAUUCGGGCUCGAGGAAUAAUUGUUAAAUAGCUCCCUUUAGAAGGCUGUGCUUUGAGAAAAUGUGAAGGAAGCCCAUGCAGUGCUCCAAACCUGUGCAAUCUAAGGUGCCCUACAUGUGAUUUCUAUGAAAACUGAUAGUCACCUGGGAGAAAAAGUUAGGUGCCAGGAACACCGGGUGCUGCUAGAUUAUGAGCUUGGUCAUUUCACAAGCCAAAUGUGAGCCCAAGUCAACCAGGAGCCACAAACCAAGCAUGAGCCAAACCUCGAGUCAAGCCUAACUGUAAUACAGUAUGUGUUAAAUAGCAAUUGCUUUUCACCAUUCCUUGGUUAGCUAAUGUACAAAUUUUAUCCAUGUUUACCUUGUACAUAGAUGUAGCCCUUCAGACAAAAUAAAUCAACCAUCACCUUAUACCCUGAUGUUUUAAUUUGUAGGCAAGCAUAAUAAGCGCUUCUCAGAAGAUGUAUCCACAGUAAAAAGAGAUGAAAUAAGAGGCAGUGGGGAUCAUCACAUGGAGAUGGUGCCAUUUCCAAUCCCCUCCCUACCCCCCACAAUGAUAAAUUGUAGCUGUAUAAAGAUAACAUAUGAACUGAAGGUGACUGAUACAUCUUAAUUAUUUUGUCCGACUUAACAAUAGUGGUAUGCUUUAUCAGCACCUGUUUCCCCUUACUACUUACCCAUCUCUCUGGGUGACGGGGAAACUAUGCGCCAAGAGUGACCUAAUCAAGAAAAACGUUUAUGAGAUUUAACAAAAAAUUUACCUAAGGAAAAAUGUAUUUGUCCCAUUUGUUCAAAAGGUGGAUGUAACGGUAUCGACUGGAUAAAUCUCUCUCCAGUGAAUAUCGCAAUAUUAUUGGUUUCCCUGAUGUUUAUCUGCUGGAUAGUGAUUUAUCCAAUGGAUAGCACUAUCCAAUGUUUGAACAACCCAAGGCUGACCCUUCUAAAGACGAACACUCUCAACCAAUACUUUGUGGGAAUGUAUGAAGAUCAGUCUUACUGUGAAGAAUUUACUUUGUGGGUGGAUAUUGCCCAAGGGUUUAAAGUGUUAAUUGUUGGAGCACCCUAUUUUUCACCUAACAGACUUUUGCAGGCGACCAGUGGAGCCCGCAGUCCUGACCCCAAGGUUUGGGGUGGUGGUUUUUUACCUGUGAGGGGGGACCAGCCAGUUUGGGAAAGCUCAGAAGAUUUUUAAAUCAACUCCCACUUCACCCUUGCUUUUUAGAAAUAACCCACCAUAAGUUAUACAUAUUCUGAAAGUGACCCCCUACCUGAUUGCUCUGGAAACUAUGAAUGUUGCCAGUAGCUACAAAUUGUGCUGAAGUUCACCACCUACAUGUACUUUAUCCACAAUUGUGGUUAUAAGAUUGGUGUUAACAAUCGGAUGGUAGACUUUAGGGGCACCCAAAGAUGGUUUCCUCCCAAAUGCAUUGAAAACACUUUUUAGGCUAUCCAGAGUAUUUUUGGAACUCUAGAAAUGCUUGUAAAUGGCGCUAUAAAAUUUGUAUCUGUUCGGUCAUCCUAGGGGAACUUGAGUCUUUUUGAAAUUACAGGGGCUUCAGUAUUAUUUUCUUGAAAAUUUUAGAUUCAAUUUAGGGCAUUACAAGAGUGAAAAAUUUUUUGAUUCCUCUCUCCAUCACUUUUUUGAAUUCGAAAAUUUUAGGUUUCCUUUUCCCAUGAAAAAUAGCCCAACCUGGAUUGUGAAAAGUGUAAUAUUAAACUUCAGAAAAUCGCAGGGAAUUAAUAAGCGUAGCUUUGAAAAUUGUACAUGAAUGAAACGGUCAUCUAGAGAACUUUUUAGCACUCUUCAAGUGAUAGAAAAUUCAAGGCAAUAUUUGCUUCUCUGAACAAAUAUUUUACAGAAAACAGUCAUAGGGUGCUCCUAAGACUUGCUACAAGUAGACUGUGAGAGCACCGAAGGCGUGAGGGACUCCCCCCGCGCGCACAAGCGAGUGAUGAAGUGGCGAGAGAGAUGAGCGGUGCAAAUGGGCUUUGAGAAAGUCUCUACUGCUUGCUGUUACAUUCAAUUUUCAUUCAUGCUUGUUAUUGCUUUGUACUAAUUUCAUGAAAUUUAUUAAAGGGACCCCCAAGGUAAUGCACUCUUGCCUGAAAAUGACCCCCCAGCAAAAUGGUGCUUCCCCCCACCACCCCUCAGGUAGUAACUGACCAGCCUCUUACUAUCUCAGGCAUGCAGGUUUGUAGCUAGAAUUCGUUUGGACUCUGGGACCUCACAUCUGUUUGAGUGAACAUCCAGGUUGAUAGCCUUGAUGUAGGCAAGAGCUAUCUCCACUUGUUAACUAUAUGUUUAUGAAACAAAAGUUAAAUAAGUGAUGUCUGAAUGCAGGCUAUCUGACUGCUUACUUUCUUAAUUCCCUUGACCAUCUCUAGCCAAGCCAAUCUUACCAUGUAGUCCACAGAUAACAUGUUUAAAUUGUCUUUUGAAACAGUUCACUGUGCACAUGAGUGGAUUCUCAGCCAAGGACCUAAUCCUUACAAUCCCAAUAACAAUUGGCUCUGUACCAUAUCAACCUCCACACCAACCAUCAGCAGUUCAGCCGUCAGCUCCUCCACUAACCCCACCCCCUGGAUAUAGUGAAGACUUUCAGCCAUACCCUGGAGCAGGUAAUUGGUACAAAGUGUUGUCUGCGUGACUAGUUAGUUAAACAUUUUGUUCAACUACAGUUGGGGGCGGGGGGGGGGGGGGGUUUUCUGGGGGGGGGGGGGGGGGGGGGGGGGGGAUUCUCCAUAUGAAAGGGUGCUCGUCGUCUCGCUUAGGGGUAUAAAUCUCACUUAGGGUGUUCUGGGCAAAAUGCCAUCAUAUUUAGCCUUGAAGGUCUCGUUUAGGGUUGCACGCGAAAAAAUAUAAAAACAUAUAUAUUGUCUGUGUUUUAACAUGAUCUCUUUUAGGGGUCAAAAAAAGCUUGAGCCCCACCCAGAUCGGUCUCCUUUAGGGGUUUAAUUCAAAAAUUCCAACAAGCAUCCCCACCCUUUCAUAUGCGGAGGCCCCCCCACCGGAGUUGACCUCCAUAUGAAAAUUUGUAUAAGUAACCACAAACUCAUGAUUGAAACUGGAAGAUAUAAUUAAACUUUCCACAACGAUAGAUUCUGUCCUAUUUGUAACUUUGGUAUAAUUGAAGACGAAUUUCAUUUUCUCUUCCAUUGUCCAAAAUACUCUAUCCCAAGGGAGAAAUUCUACAGUCAAAUCCAACAAAAUUUUGUCGACUUUAAUCAGCUAUAUAUUACACAGAGUUAAUAAUUAAAUUGAUUAAUUCACAGAAUUUUUCUGUAAAUUCACAUUUGUUGAACUUUUGUCUCAUUAUGUAAUGAUUUACGUACUAAUUUGUUAUCAAAUCAUGCUCAUGACAUUUGAUUGACUGUAGUAAUCAUUGCAUUGCAUUAUCAUUGUUAUAAAUUUUAACUUCAUGUUUAAGCUUUUGCAAUACUGUAACUAAAUAAUUAUGGUCAUGCAAAAAAAGCUUAUGUUGUUGUUGUUGUUGUUGAUAUGUGUGACCACCUCUCAUAUGCAGCGACCACCUCCCAAACACUAAAAUUUUCCCAGUCAAGGCUUUAUAGUUGGAAACCCUCAUAAGUGACCACAACCACUUUUAGGGAUGAUGGUUUUAGAAUUUUUUUGUGGUUUUUAAUCUCUUAUAAGUGACCACCUGAUAUAAUGGUCUAAUCUUUGUGUUUCCUGUAUUGACUACACUACUCAGGAGUAUGAGAAGAAGAAUGUGUAUUUACCUAUAUUGCAAUCUAAAAAUUGCAUGCAAUACAUUCUCUUAAAAAAAGUAGAUGUGUCUGGACUUCUACUCGUAAAAGUCCUCCUGCAGUUCUAUUCUAAGCAACCACCUCCCGUAAGCGAUCACAAACUCUUUGCAUUUUGAGUUGUCGCUUAUGGAAGGUUCGAGUGUAUAAGCUAUUGUUUUUGUUUUAGUAGUUGAAGAGCUGCUGCAGCAAACCCAUUUUUCAGAUACUUAGCUUAAUAAUCUUUGGCACAAUAAUGCAUUCUGUCUCUUCUAACUGGCAUUGGAAACAAAGUCGUUUUGCAGAAGAACCUUUUCAUGGUCUCCUUGUAAGUGCUUUUCAACUUGCUCCUUGCACUAGCUUCAGAAUGUCUGAUGUGUUCACAGUCAUUAUAUCUGAAGUGUGUAUCAGUUUUUGGGUCAGCUAAUCAGUCCAGGUUUUAUAUGUUUCAUUAAGCUGCAAUUAGUAAAGUUGUUCACCAUACUAACACCCAUCCACUAACUACCGGUAGCUUUUACACCCUCCUCUACACAAACAAAUUGAAAUCAUGUAUUAUUUCUGCCUUUCAGUUCUCCCAUCAUACGCUGAAUGUGUGUAUGGUGGGGCGGCCAUUGGUGAUGAGAAUGACGCAGGUGAAAUGUCAAGUGGCUCCACCUUUACUCCAAUGUAUCCAUUUGUUAGUCACUACCAGUUCCCUUCAUCUGCAAGUCAAGACACUGCAGCUGCUCUGGAACCCCAACCUUCAAACUCAAGUAAACCGCCUCUGCCUUCAUAG